GUGCACUGUGUCUUUUGGGACUUCGGGAAAAACAAUGGACUGGGUGGUUGGAAUACAUCGGGGUGUGAAAUGGAAUAUACAGAUAUGAAUUAUACAAUCUGUUUCUGUAACCAUCUUACCCAUUUUGGAGUCCUACUGGACUUGGCCAGGACAGAAAUAGAUGUCACACAUGAUCAUGUGUUAACUUUGAUAAGCUAUGCAGGAUGUGGUGCUUCUUCACUUUUUUUGGGAAUAACGCUCAUGACAUACCUAACCCUUGAGAAGGUGCGGAGAGACAACCCCUCAAAAAUCCUGCUCAACCUUUGUGCUGCACUGCUGAUGCUGAACAUGGUCUUCCUUAUCAACUCCUGGCUGACCUCGUUCAACCAGCCAGGCCUCUGCAUCACUGUGGCCAUGCUCCUCCACUAUUUCCUUCUUGCAGCAUUCACUUGGAUGUGCCUGGAGUCUGUUCACUUUUAUUUGGCUCUUGUUAAAGUUUUCAAUGUUUAUGUCCCAAAGUACAUCCUAAAAUGCUGCAUUGCUGGCUGGGGAAUACCAGCUAUUGUGAUUACUCUUGUGCUCAUUAUAAAUAAAGACUUCUAUGGCAAUGGAUCACUCUCCAAGAGCCAUCCUUACAGCAAUUUUUGCUGGAUCCAGGACAACACCGUGUUCUACAUCUCUGUUGUGGCCUAUUUCUUCUUAAUAUUUUUGAUGAAUACAGCUAUGUUCAUCACUGUUCUCCUUCAAAUCCACUCUGUGAAAACAAGGACACAAAAGACAUCCAGAUUCUAGAAACGGGGUGCUCUCCAAGACCUCAAAAGUGCUUUCAGCCUGAUGUUUCUUUUGGGGUUAACGUGGGGCUUUGCCUUUUUUGCCUGGGGAGCAGUGAGGAUAUUUUUCUUGUAUCUCUUCAGCAUUUUUAACACCUUGCAAGGGUUCUUUAUCUUUGUGUUUCACUGCCUAAUGAAGGAUGAAGUAGUGAAGCAGUGCCG